UGAAGCACAACUCACAACCGGGAUCCACAAACAAGCUCUUCCCGAUUUUUCUCAACUCUUUCAAGAAUUUGUACCUUUUCCGGGGGAGACGAACUCCUGAUCCUGCGACGCUCGAUGCAUUCUGCUGGCAGAGUCACUUUCUAUCUUUUUGUUAUUGUCAUAGUAACGCAAGAUUGUUUCUCAUCUAAGGGAGAAGACAGGCUGUUUCGUCGCUUAUUCAGAAGGUAUAACCAGUUCAUUCGGCCGGUGGAAAAUGUGUCCGAUCCUGUCACUGUGGAGUUUGAGGUCUCCAUCUCGCAGCUUGUUAAAGUGGAUGAAGUCAAUCAGAUCAUGGAGACCAAUUUAUGGCUAAGACAUAUAUGGAAUGACUACAAGCUGAAGUGGUCACCACCGGAAUUCGAUGGAAUUGAGUUCAUCAGAGUCCCAUCAAAUAAAAUCUGGAGGCCAGACAUUGUACUUUACAACAACGCUGUUGGAGAUUUCUUAGUGGAAGACAAAACAAAAGCCCUUUUGAAAUUUGAUGGAACGAUCACUUGGGUCCCUCCGGCAAUCUUUAAAUCAUCCUGCCCUAUGGAUAUCACAUACUUCCCGUUUGACUAUCAGAACUGCUCUAUGAAGUUCGGUUCCUGGACUUACGACAAGGCCAAGAUUGACCUGGUGCUCAUUGGCUCAAAGGUCAAUCUGAAAGACUUCUGGGAAAGUGGGGAGUGGGAGAUCAUAGAUGCACCCGGUUAUAAACAUGACAUCAAGUACAACUGCUGCGAGGAGAUCUACCCAGACAUAACCUACAGCUUCUACAUUCGCAGAUUGCCCCUAUUCUACACCAUUAACCUUAUCAUCCCCUGCCUCCUCAUCUCAUUCCUGACCGUGCUCGUCUUCUACCUUCCAUCAGACUGUGGCGAGAAAGUGACGUUGUGCAUAUCUGUGCUGCUGUCUCUUACUGUGUUUCUCCUUGUCAUUACGGAAACCAUUCCAUCGACCUCACUUGUGAUCCCUCUGAUUGGCGAGUACCUUCUCUUCACCAUGAUUUUCGUUACUCUCUCUAUCGUCAUCACCGUAUUUGUGCUAAACGUCCACUAUCGCACCCCAAUGACUCACACCAUGCCCGUUUGGGUCCGAUCUGUCUUCCUUCAUGCUUUACCACGUAUAAUGUUUAUGCGCCGGCCUCUUGACCUGUCAGAGUUUUCUGGAAAAGGAGGACUAGAAAGUGGGGGCACAACUGGGAGUGGAACAGGAAAAGGAGGAGAUGGAAAGAAGAGGAAAAAUAGUGGAUCCCAACAGGGAGCGAUGAACUCUUUGGAGUUUGGAGAGGGCAAAGCUGCAAUAGAGGGAAAGAAAGGAGGAUGUCCAUGUCACCCAAUGAAAGAGGCACCCGAGGGGGAUUGUGGGAAAGUGAGCCGUCAGUUGAGCCCGCAGGCCAUUAACACAGUUGUGGCUUUUUCAGUGGUCUCACCAGAGAUCAAACAGGCUAUUGAGAGUGUGAAAUACAUCGCUGAAAACAUGAGGAGCCGCAACAAAGCAAAAGAGGUGGAGGAUGAUUGGAAGUAUGUUGCCAUGGUGAUUGACCGCAUCUUCCUUUGGGUCUUUGUGCUGGUGUGUGUGCUGGGAACCAUGGGUCUUUUCCUGCAACCUCUCAUUGGCUUUUUCUCUUAAUUGUCACAGAAACUUAAGCUGCAAUCAAUUAGAGGCACUGAAUAUCUGUUUUUACAGUCACUGGCAUACUGUGUCAUAUUUAUUUAACAUCACGUGUGUUCUGUCAUCACGGAAAUGCUGUAUACCGGUGUCCUUGUGUAAAUGCCAAUCAGAUGUUCUGUUCUCUUUCCAAAUAACCCAUUAAAGACGGUUUCAGCAGUAACAACAUAAACAAACGGCCCUUUUAGAGUAUUUUAUUUCUGAUAACAAGCUAAAUAAAUAACAAGUAUAUAUCUUAGUUCAAAUCAUAGCUAAAGCUUAUCAAAAACUACACUGCGCUACUGUUAGUGUGUAAAAUAAAUGUAUACGACGCCUGAUGAAACCGUCUAUAGAGACUAAGAGAAGUCACUCUCUGCUUCUUAACAAGCAGUGACUUUGAAGUUUCUAAUCACCAUCCAGUAUAGAGCACAAUUUCCAUCAAUAGUCUAUUGAGUGACAAAUCAGACUGAUUGGUGUUCUGGUUUGAUUAUAAUGGUGUGAUACUUAACAUAUUUUACCACAAAAAAAUGGUACAACAUGCACUCUGUGUCUGUGUCAGACAGUAGCCUCUUUCACACAUUAAUUCUGGUAAAUUACCAUGAAUUUACCAGAAUGAAUUUACCAGUAAAUACAAAAAUGUGCUUUUCACACACGCAAUGACGUUGCUUCUUUUUACCAGUAAGACAUCAUUCACACAUCAGUAUCAAAAUACUGGUAAACUCGGAGAGAAAGCGGAAGUUACCUGUGGGACGCGGCCGGCGAGCUCCGUGUCGUAUUUGUAAACAAUGGCGGGUUAUGACUUAAUAGACCCCUUCACGGUUCACGUCACAGGCAGUUUCCACUGCGCAUGUUGGGGUCAGAAAAGUCAUUACAGCAGAUUGAGUUGGGUAUUAUUCGGUAUCGUCAAAAAUGCCUACUUACGUUGUGGGCUGUGAAAAUCGCACCAGGUCUUCCGUUAAGUUUUCGCGAUUCAUGCACAAUCUCAAAAACAAAAAAAUACAACAUAUCUGCGUCUGCAAGCAAUUAACGUGCAGACUGGGACAAUGCAAAUAUCAAAGAGGCUUGUGUUUGUAGUGCUCACUUCAUUUGAGGUAAGUCAUAAUUUUUCAGCCGUGUUAGAUUAAAUUAUAACGCCUAAAUGGUAUGAACAGUUUGACCCCAUGCUGCGCGCGCACCCGAUCGUCAUUCAAUGUUUACAAACCUUGAAGGGGUCUAUAUCGUCGGUCCGUAUUUUGUUGUUUUCGCAUCUGUGGCAAACGGUCGCAAAGUUGCUCGUGACCAAACAACAUUGCGUUAGGCGGCAUCAAACGGAACCUGCGUUUGCACAUACGGCUUCAAAGAGGGUGUGCUAAGGAUGUCGGCAAUUUGGCAAAUAGAUGGUAAGCUGUUUUAAACAACUUUGAAGGAAUGUGGAUGUUAACUUCAGGUGUGCUCGACUUUUAAGCAGCAUGUGUGUGUAAACGGCCGUAAACAGUAUAAAAACGUUUUGAUUGGCCCGAUUUGUCAGAGCGGUCUCACGUCGUCCGUUCUAAAUGCCGGUAAUUCUACAUUUUUCAUUCACACAUGGCGCUUACCGGUAAAUUACUGGUAAUCUUACAACCUGUCUUACUGGUAAAUUGGGAGCACUGAUUUACCGGAAAGGUUCUGUUCACACAUAACAUGUUAACUGCAAUUUACCAGUAAAUUACCAGUAAAGACUGUAUGUGUGAAAGGGACUAUUGAUGGUGUUUUCCCCCAGUGGAAAUCAAGCUUAAGAUAAAAAUGUAUUGUAUGGACCUUGUUUACCAAAUUUGUGGAGGAUAAACAGCUAUUGGUUAUUAUCGCAAUAAAAAUAGUCUAGAUUGUGGGUGAACUAUAAAAACAUUGAGUUGUAGCAUGGCUACGUUCCAGGACAAAGAUGACUAAUCAGGUUUCAUAUAUGCCAAAUAAUUUGCGUUUAAUUCAUCUGUUUUUUCAAUCAGUUUCAUCCCCUGAUAUACAUGGAGAAUAUUUUACAAUUUUAAUUAUUAUUUUAAAGCAGAUGUAUUAUUUGAGUCUAAAUCCUUAACAGUUUUAGUGCAUGCUAUUAAAAUGACUCACUUUCUGUCACACUUUCUCUGGCUCCAUCAGACACAUAAUCCCAUUUCCCGUAAUAUCACCAUUUCAAUUUUUUCCCACUUCAACUUGUCAGCUUGAGGCCCUUUUGUAACACGUUUUUUAACAGAUGUCCUUCAAAUAAAAAUGUUUCUCUGUUGUUGAUCUCUCUGUCUUACUGCCUGUGUGUUUAACUCGGCAAGUACUCGGUGUGUAUGUGUCGUGCUUGUGUGCUUAUCAUGGCUUGACUCUUCUAGCAGGGGUUGAAAACGUCUUUGGUUUUAGUGGUAUUAGUAACAGCUUUUGAUUAUCAUUUCCUAAAUGUAAAAGUAAAUGUUUUGUGACUUAAUUCCAACAGAGUCAGAAUGGUGUGCCACUUUUUAUGUGAAUG